AUGCAACACUUCUUUGGCCUAGAAGAGAGUGGAGAUGUGGAUCCUCAGACCGUAGCGGCUAUGAGAAGAGCUCGCUGUGGUCUCUCUGAUGUUGAGCCGUUCAGAAGGACGAUGCGAUGGACGAACAGAACUCUAACAUACAGAAUCUCCAGACUCAGCUCAAAGCUGACAGCUGCACAGGUCAGGACAGCAUUCAGACAGGCAUGGAAACUUUGGGCUCAAGCAGUGCCCUUGAAAUUCCGCAGACAGAUAAGGAGUGAUGCUGACAUCGUCAUUUCCUUCAAUAACAAAGAUCAUGAAGAUGGGUCACCAUUUGAUGGUGAGGGAGGUAUCCUGGCACAUGCCUUCUUCCCCGGACCGGGCAUUGGUGGAGAUGUGCACUUCGAUGAUGAGGAGGCCUGGACAACAACAAAUGUCAAGGGCUGUAACCUCCUCGCUGUGGCGGUGCAUGAGUUCGGACACGCUCUCGGCCUUCCACAUUCAUCAGAUCCUGGAGCCAUCAUGUUCCCAGCCUAUAAUUUUGGCUUGCACAAUGUUUUGCAACUGUCUUUCCAGGACGUCAAAGAUAUACAGGAAAUUUAUGGUAAAAGGAAAAUCAAUUUGGACAGACUUCCUCCGAAAACACCAGAUAAAUGUGAUCCUAUGCUGUCAUUCGACGCGGUGACAGGCAUGCAGCAGGAGCUUGUUUUCUUUAAAGACAGGUUUAUUUGGCGGGUACAUCCCAGUUUUGAGCAAAUAGGAAUCACACUAAUAACAAGUUUGUGGCCUGACCUCCCAGCUCACAUAGAUGCUGCCUAUGAGAACACAAACACAAAUAGCAUGCUAGUUUUCAAAGGCCCUCGAUACUGGGAGGUGAGCUCUCUCCAGGUAAAGCAUGGUUAUCCAAGAAACAUCUCGGAAUUUGGAUUCCCAUCCACUGUUAAGAGCAUCGAUGCAGCUUUGUAUUUCCGGGAAACACGUCUCAUAGAUUUCUUCAUUGGUGGAGCAUGCUGGAGGUUUGAUGAAGAUGUAGGGCAGAUAAUGGAAGGUUUUCCUAAACCUAUCGCACAUGAAUGGCCGGGAGCUGACUCACCUGUGGAUGCUGCAGUAGCUCAUGAUGGACCUCAACAACUGGAAUUCAACCCCAAAAUUAGACAAGUAAUGAAGACAGUGGCUGCACACACAUGGCUUCAGUGCCGAGAAAUUACAGGCAGUUGA